AUGGUUUGGCUAGACGACAAGAACCCUGAGAACUUGAAUAGCUAUUUCUACCUCUUUUGGCUCACAACCGUUGAUGGCCGCAAAUAUCACACGACCCUGGCCCCGAACUUUUUCAGGGGCCGGACCACUGGCAUUUUCCGAGUGGAAGACUUGCAAGACCUUUCUUCCACCGGCGCAACCGUCUUCGCCCCAGGCACUGGAAGCUCCGAGUAUCUAAACCUGCGCUCCGAAAUACAAAACCUUACUAGCCCAAGGGGUGGGGAUAACUAUACCGCUAUGCAUGUCACAAGUGAUUACGCUGGAGUGAAGCUGGACGUGCACAUGACUCCUACUGGAAAGAACCUAUACAUCGGAGGAAACGGCGGUGUCACCCUUUCAAGCCCUGGCAAUGACUUUCGCGAGUUGGUUCCUGGCUACUCUUGGUAUUGGGGAAAUCCUACGCUGCGCCUCAGCGGCACAAUCAACAUCGAUGGCAAGGACGUGGAAAUCGACCAUGGGAAAUCUAGAGGUUACUUCGAGAGGCAAUCUGGUGAAUUUGGCAUUUCUGGAGGUCAUUGGGGAUACUGGCUUUACCUAUCUAACGGCAUCUUCAUCCACGGAUGGGUUGUCGGUGCUACCGUCGAGAGGCCCUACAGUACCCCCGCUUGGGCAACUGUUUGGCACCCUAACGGCAUCCACGAAGUCCUCGAAGUCGGAAACACCACCACAGCCACGGAUGUAUGGAAAAGCCCUGUGAGUGGCAAGAAUUACUUCCAGAACUUCAAAUUAGACCUGCCUUCUCGAGAAGCGAGCUUUCAUAUCCACCAGGCUAUUAAGAAGAGCGAACUCCGGCCUCUUCCUGGCUCAGACGGAUACCAGAUCACUGAGGCCUAUUCCCAAGGUCACGGAGUUUGGGAGGGCGAGAAAGUGACAUUUUACGGACACACUGAGGAACUGUCGUACUGGUAA